AUGUACGAGGAUGCUGAGGAGCAUCGGCGCGAGGAGGCUUGCCAGCACGCCGCCGCAUCUGUGAUUCAACGGCGAUGGCGCGAGCACCAGGAGCUGCGCGGCGUGGUGCCGGAUGCUGCGCGGCGUAGCAUGUUCAGCAGUGGAUUGCUACUCGUCGCCCCUGGUGCGUUCGGCGGCACCGACGAGAAGGACGGAAGCGAAGAGAAUGAUGCGCGCUCGCCGCUGUCCAACGGUGGCUUUGAUGAAUUUGCGCAGACAUCGCAAACACUGGAGAAGAAGCGCCAUGCGUGUGUAGAGGAGUACCGCACUCUCCUGGCGAAGCGCAAGGCGCUGCUCGAGAAGAACCUGGCAUACCAGCAACUACUAUCCCGUCACUACGCGGAACAGCGCCGCCGCAACGGCGAGGACGAUGUGACGCAGCUCACGACACCCGAUGCGGAAGCGGCGUACUGGGUCCUUGUGCGCCAGGUAGCCGAAGAGCGGCAGCGUGUGGCGGGACGGAGCGCCGCUCUCAAGAAGGAUCUCGAGCUGCAGCGGCAGCGCUACGAGCCUAUCAUGGAGGAGGUUGCCCUGCAGGAGCAGAACUUUCAGCAGCGCAUUCGAAAGUUGGCAGCGAGCGUGCGCUUCAUGCGGUCAAGCCGCCCAAUUCCAACUGACGCGAUAGCGCAGUAUGUGGAACGCGAGGUGGCGCAGCGCAGCGCCAUCCGAGCCUCUCGUGUGCGCUACUUCCAACUCAAGAACCGCUUGCUGCGACUGCGUCGGGCGGCCAAAGGAGGCGCGGCAUCGCCAUCGUCCAACUCCGCCGCAACAGCAGCCACCACCGGCCAGGACGGUGAAGAGUCGAAUGCCGCCAACCACCACAUGUUCCUCAUCGACUUUGAGCAGCUCAAGGUGGAGAACACAACCCUCAACGAGAAGAUCGAGGAGCGCUCCGAGGAGGUGCUGAAGCUGCGCAGCAAGGUCACCAACACCAUUCACAUUGCCACACACGUGCGCGAGAAGUUAGACUGCGUGCGAAUGGAGAACGCGGGGCUGCGUCAGCAUGUCGCGAGCACGGAUGAGGAGCUCGGCGGUGCGCGUGAUCAGCUAGCGAAGUCAAAGCGACGCCGCGACGCGCACCUGCGCGCCAACACACGGAUGAAGGAGCGCAUGCCCCUGGUCGGCUCGCGCGAUCUAUUGAUGGACUACGAGAAGCGCAAGGCUGUCAUCUACGACUACCGCACCCGCUUAGUGCAGCUGACGGACCGCCACAAGGAGUUAACAGAGCGAAUCAAACAGCAGGAGUCCACCAUCAUCUCCCUCCAGCAUGAGCUCAGCCACUACCCAAAGUGA